CGGGGAGGGAAACGGCCGCGGCCGCCCCGCGCGGCGCCGCCAGGACCCCGUCCGCCGCUCGCGUCACUUCCGUCGCGCGGCGAUGGCGGAGCGGGCGCGGGGCUGAGCGGCGGCAUGGAGGGGACGCGGCCGGGCGCCUGCACCACGCAGGUCAGCUUCGUGUGCCAGCGCUGCAGCCAGCCGCUGAAGCUCGACACCUCCUUCAAGAUCCUCGACCGCCUCACCAUCCAGGAGCUCACCGCCCCGCUGCUGACCACAGCCCCUGCCCGGCCCGGGGACGCGCAUGAAGAGGACGGCGUCCUGACGGAGGAGGCCUUCGCGGAGAACCGGCAGGAUGGCGUGUCUCGGAGGUUCAUCCCGCCAGCCAGAAUGAUGUCCACAGAAAGUGCCAACAGCUUCACGCUGAUCGGAGAGGCGUCGGACGGCGGCACCAUGGAGAACCUCAGCCGCAGACUGAAGGUCACUGGCGACCUCUUUGACAUCAUGUCCGGGCAGACAGACGUGGAUCACCCCCUGUGUGAGGAGUGCACAGACACUCUGCUGGACCAGCUGGACACGCAGCUCAACAUCACAGAGAAUGAGUGCCAGAACUACAAGAGGUGUCUGGAGAUACUGGAGCAAAUGAACGAGGAUGAUAAGGAGAAACUGCAGAUGGAGCUGAAGGAACUCGCGCUGGAGGAAGAGCAGCUGAUCCAGGAGCUGGAGGACGUGGAGAAGAACCGCAGGGUCGUGGCUGAGGAUUUUGAGCGAGUCAGGGCAGAGGCAGAGCGACUGGAGCAGGAAGAGGCUCAGUAUCAGAAGGAGUACUGUGAAUUCAAGAGGCAGCAGCUGGAGCUGGAUGAUGAGCUGAAGAGUGUGGACAACCAGAUGCGCUACGCCCAGAUGCAGCUGGACAAGCUGAAGAAAACCAACGUGUUCAAUGCCACCUUCCAUAUCUGGCACAGCGGCCAGUUUGGCACCAUCAACAACUUCAGGCUGGGCAGGUUGCCCAGCGUGCCCGUGGAGUGGAACGAGAUCAACGCUGCCUGGGGGCAGACGGUGCUGCUGCUGCACGCCCUGGCUAACAAGAUGGGCCUCAAGUUCCAGAGGUACCGCCUGGUUCCCUAUGGCAACCACUCCUACCUGGAGUCCCUCACGGACAAGUCGAAGGAGCUCCCCCUGUACUGCUCUGGAGGCCUCAGGUUCUUCUGGGACAACAAGUUUGACCAUGCAAUGGUGGCUUUCCUGGACUGCGUGCAGCAGUUUAAAGAAGAAGUGGAGAAAGGUGAAACUCGGUUUUGUUUGCCUUACAGGAUGGACGUGGAGAAAGGCAAGAUCGAAGACACAGGGGGCAGCGGGGGCUCCUACUCCAUCAAAACUCAGUUUAACUCUGAGGAGCAAUGGACAAAGGCACUCAAGUUCAUGUUAACCAACCUCAAGUGGGGCCUUGCUUGGGUCUCAUCCCAAUUCUACAACAAGUAGCCACAUCCAGCAGGAGCCAGGCAGCAGAGGAGCAGCUGCACCUCGCUGGGGCAGCUGGAGCUGUCUCCUGCUCCCAAGCAGUACAAGAUGUUUACAAGACCAAAAACCCACCAGACACUUUAUUUAAAAUGCCCUUAGGAUGAGUAGUAGGUAGCAAAGCAAUAUGUAAAGUUGUGUCACUGAGCUGAACAGAAUAAAAGUUCAU